AACAUGGCGUGGCCGGUAACUGAUGUGUUGACGAAAAUGUUUUCAUUCUUUAUAAUAGCAUUGUUGAUCGAUAAAAUCACAGGUUUUGAUUAUGACUAUGUUACAUGUGGAUCUAGUUUAAAGCUAUUAAAUAGUUACCACAAUGUUCGCCUGCAUUCUCAUGAUGUCAAAUAUGGCUCUGGUAGUGGACAACAGUCAGUCACAGCUGUUGAUUCCUCCGAUGAUCACAAUAGUUACUGGCAGGUCCGAGGUAAAACUGGUAUUGGGUGUACACGAGGUCAGCCAGUAAAGUGCGGACAGACAGUGAGGCUUAUGCAUCUAAAUACACGACGCAACUUACACAGCCAUCACUUCCAGUCACCACUGUCACACAACCUGGAAGUGAGCGCCUUUGGAGAGAACGGCGAGGGAGAUGAAGGUGACAACUGGGUGGUUGUAUGUCCCGGACAGCACUGGAGCAGGAAGGAAAAGGUCAGGAUCAGGAAUGUUGUCACAGAAAAUUACUUACAUGUGGCUGGUGACACCUAUGGACGCCCGAUUCAUGGACAAAGGGAGGUAAGCGCAUAUCCAUCACCAUCAGAACUGAACUACUGGAUGGCUAAGGAGGGAAUAUAUGUGAAACCAACAUCGGAGUCUCCAUCUACAUUCAACCAUGAUGAGUUAUAGACAAGAAAACUGUACAAAGCGCUUUGUCUCACAAGUCAUUCCUAAAUGAAGAUUUCUAAACUGAAACAACAAGGAAUGAAAUGAAGACUAUCAUUUAUUUUUUGUUAAAAUUGAUUAUACCUGAACGUGAAAAAAAGUGGAUGUUAGUGAAUAAUGAUAAAUUACAUGCUUAGAGUGAAGAGGGAGGUAUUUAUAUAUAAAUUUACAAUGUGGAUUUCUCAUAGGGAUUCAAGUAUAUUUUGUUUGGGAAACUUCACACCCAUUUAUAUGGUUCCUUCCCUCAAACUUUUUAUUGCUCUCCACAAUAGAAGAGUUCCACAAAGGUAAACAAUUCAUCUUAUACACUCUGUGAUACUGUAGCUAUUACAGGUUAACCAUAGUAUAUGUUGUCCUUUCUGUUUUGACAAAGUUGAUUCAACACAGGGAAAUCUUUUUUUUUUUAAGAAGUCACUGAGUGAAAUUUUUUGAGGAAUGGAAAUAUUCAGUGUACAUUUAUCUCACCAUUUCAAAGGUGAAAAGAAUAAUUAAGAAAGAAAUGUCUUAAUCAUAGGUUAAGCUUUUUUACCUAUCGAUACCAGAUUUAAGAACACUUUCACUUUUCACAGAUGUUAGUAUUGAAUAUGCAAGGUAAAAAUGAUUAUGCAUUGGAUUUGGAUGUUAAGACAUCUUAUAAUAUAGAGGUAUCAUAUAUUUGUCUGUUGCUUAUUUUUUGUUUUUUCCAAAAAUGCUGUUUUGUUUUGGGACUUGUUUUUGUUGAUAGAUAAUAUUCCUGAGAUUCAGAUUCGUUAAAAUGCAUGUCCUUUACUGUUUGGCAUUAGAUUAUGAUACCCAAAAAUCAACUGAAAAUAGGCACCCACAAAAAUUAAUGAUUUAACAGUACCACAAAGAACACUAAAUGCUGGUGACUAGAUUAGAACUCUUUGAAGUGUAACAAGCACAUUCAAAUUGCAUAUUUUUGUUUCAAUUUUCAAAAUGCUGUUCUUAUUAUGUAUAACCCAACUUGGAUAUAGGGGUUAGAUAUUUAUGUUUUUUUCUAAGUGUCUGUUCAUGUGUCCAACUCAUUAACCUCUUAACAUUUAUUUCAUAUUCACAUCAUAGCAUCAUACCACCAAGGUCUAUCCCUAAUAAGAUUUUGGUAGUUAUUAGUCAAGGUAUAAAAGGUCAAAGUUCACCCCAUGACCUUUUUGGUAACCUUUUGCACAAGAUUAGGAAAAGGGAAGGAUAUCUAUGUCAGCCUCUGCUCAUUUUGACUCUAUUGAUAUAACUUAUAAUAAGUGAUGAUUGAUCAUUUUGUUCCUAACUACAGAGGUAUGACUAAUACAUCAUGAUGUUUUUCGAUCGAUCGUAAAAUCCUUUUAAGACCUCGUGGGAUUUUUUGUGAUUACACAAUUGUAAUUUUUCCUGAAAGUCAGAUAACAGCUAUUUCUGAUCAUAGCUAUAUAUUCCAAAUAUUAUGCACCAUAUUUUUGUGAAUGCUUUGCUUGAGACUUCCUGUUAAGGUUAGAACACAUGAAAUGGUGAUAAUAACGAUAAUGAUAAACUAAUCCCAACACUGCACUGUAUUCAUGAGAUUACAUGAUCACUGUAUGUUGUAUAUUAUCAGAGAUAUCAUUCAUGUUGAAAAUGUUGAAAAACAGGGAAAGCCAUGGUUACAAAACAUAUAUUUUUCUGUGUAAUAUACUAGAUGUGUAUGUGAUGAUAAUAAUUUCUUUUGAAUGACAUAAUGUACAUGUUUGUUAUAAAAGUUUUUGUAAAUUAUGUGUAAAAGUGUUCAUGCACCGAUGUGUGUUGUCUCCUGCUUCGUCACAAAAUUGUACAUGUCUCAACUAAAAUUAAAUUUGAAAAAUAAAA